AUGGAGGACGUGGAGAAGCAAGCGGACUCCUCGUCGACUCGAGGGCCAAGCAUUGAAACAAGUGCAUAUGAAAACCUCAAUCGACACAGUGCUUUGCAGCCUACUGACGCGCUAUUACUGCCCACAAACAUGACAAACCGAGAUAGAGGAUGGGCUGGUUGGUUGGCUGUCUUCGGAGCAUUUCUGGCCCUUUUCUGUUCGUUCGGUCAAAUGAAUGCUUUCGGAACAUAUCAGUCGUGGUAUUCGCAUCAUCAGCUUUCAAGCCAUUCGCAAUUCAGUAUUUCUUGGAUUGGAUCCCUCCAGCUGUGGACAUUCUUCUUCAUGGGAGGACCUAUAGGACGCCUUUUUGACGCCUACGGGCCGUCGCCCGUGAUGCUAUUCGGGACAGUGCUAUUAACUUUCAGCAUGUUGAUGACAAGCAUCUCCACGAAGUAUUAUGAAUUCUUAUUGUUCCAAGGCUUCUUCUUUGGCCUUAGUGUCGGAUCGCUCUUCUAUCCCUCCUUAGCAGCGGUUUCCACUCACUUUGAUGAGUACCGUGCAUCGGCUCUUGGUGUUGUAGCCGCUGGCUCCGGUGUUGGUGGUGUUGUUUAUCCCAUUAUGCUCCGCCAACUCUUCUUGCGCACCGGUUAUGCAUGGGCCGUUAGAGCAUCGACGUUACUUUCUGUGGCAUGUUGUAUCGUGGCCCUUGUUACCGUAAAGAGAGUAGAAGGUCCUAAGAAAUGCUCCGGAUGGAUGGAUGUCAAGAUGCUCAAGGAUGCAUGCUUCAUGUUACUCGCUACUGGGUCCUUCUUUAUCUGCCUCGGUAUAUUUACACCAUUCUUUUACAUUGUGAACUACGCCGAGGAUCGAGCACUGGUUUCUCAGAAUAUCGGGUUUUACGUUCUGUCAGUAAUGAAUGCUGGAGGUGUAUUCGGCCGCAUCGUUCCCGCGAUCCUCUCCGACAAGAUGGGGCGAUACAACCUCCUUAUGCCCACAUCCUUCUUAGCAGGCCUAUCGUGCCUCGUAUUUUGGAUGCUUGCGAAGACCAUGAUCGCUGUAAUGGGUUUUGCAGCGGUAUAUGGUUUUCUAUCUGGUGCAUUUAUAUCCGUCAUUACUCCGUGCGUUGCACAAAUAUCAGAUAUCAACGAGAUCGGGUCUCGAAUAGGUGCAUUGUAUACACUCAUAUCCAUCCCCUCUCUUAUUGGUGGGCCCAUCGCAGGAGCUCUCAUUCAAUGCCAAGGCGGUUCAUACACGGGAGUGAUUGGGUUAUCAGGAACAAGCAUCAUCAUCGGGUCAUUGUUUAUUCUAGCUUGCAGGCUCAGGAUAAACCGAAACAUCUGGGCAAGAGUGUAG